UCCGGUCCAGCAGAGUUCGCUGUUCGCUUCCCCCGCUUCGCUUCCCUCAGCGAAGCGUCGUCGACGCGGAACUCCGCUCCGUGUUUACGUCCCCGCUCUUUGUCCGCAGAAAGCAGUAAAAUGUGCGCCGUGCAGCUGCUGCGGGUGUCGGUCCACGAGCGGAUCAGCGCCGCCGCUGAAGACGUUCUGCUGCGGGUGGAAACGGGAGAAGAACCGGCGGAAGUCCCGGCGCUGAGAGCGCUGCUCACCGAGCGGCUCGCGGCGGCCGCGGAGGAGAUCGUCGGUGUGUUCGAGGAAACCGUGGCGGAGUACGAAGCCAGAGCUGAACGGGCAGAGCGGGAGGUCUGCCGCCAGAGGAGGCUGCUGGAGGCCGUGCUGAAGCCCGAAGUCCGGCUGCACAGAGCAGAGUUUCUGCAGUCGAUGAAGCUGAACCACCCAGAGCUCCAGUCUCCAGAUGACCCUGCAGACCUGAACCAGACAGAAGCUGAGCGAGUCGACAGCGAUGCUUCCUGCCCGUCGACGCCUCGCUCCGCCUCACCCACCUACCACCCGCCUGACUCACUGAGUAACUCGGCCGUCCACAGCGAUAGUGCUUCAGACAGCGACUGGACCACAAAGAGUCAGGCUCUGAGGCCCCCGAGGAAAAAGAAGAGAGGGCGGCCGCCCCUCGCCAUCAGAACCACUAAGCGAAAGAGGUCGACUCCGGAGAGUCUCAACUGCUACGUGUGUGGACGCUCUCUGCAGGGCAAAGGCUACCUGCUCAAACACGUCCUGAAGGUCUGCGCCGAGGACCCGGACUGCCGCUGCGGCUUCUGCGGCGAGCGACAAGGCUCUGCUGCCGACCUGGCGGCUCACCUGCAAACGCACCAGGAGAAGAGUAAAACCUGCUCCUUCUGCGGGAAAAGCUUCCGGUCGAUCCUGGCGCAGGAGUUGCACGUGCGGCUGCACACCGGAGAGAAACCGUACAGCUGCGACGUGUGCGGCAAGAAGUUCAGCCAGAAGGGCAACCUGACGUCACACAUGAGCGUCCACGCCGCGGAGAAACCCUUCAAAUGUAAAGAGUGCAGCCGGGCCUUCUGUCACAUGACGUCUUUAGAGCGACACAUGCAGAAGCACAGCGGCGAGGAGGUGCACUGCUGCAGUGUCUGCGGUCAGGAGUUCAGGAAGCAGCACAGCCUGCGACGGCACAUGGUGACGCAUCAGAAGGCAGACAAACCGAAGAGAUACCGUAGCUCUGCGCCGUCCUACCGCUGUAAAGUGUGCGGGGACGCCUUCGACAAGAGGACCUUGUUGGUGAAACAUGUCCAGACUCACCUGCAGGACCCGGACUGCCGCUGCGGGCUCUGCGGACACCAGUACGAGUCCGCCGCCAGCCUCGAUGCUCACCUGCGAUCCCACCGUGAGAUCGGCCACACCUGCCACAUCUGCGGGAAGUCGUUCCCGGCUCACGCGGCGCUGGAGAUGCACAUGAGGAUCCACACCGGUGAGAAACCUUACACUUGCAACUUCUGCGGGAAGUCCUUCAACCAGAGCGGCAACCUGAAGACGCACCUGAAGAUCCACACCGGUGAGAGGGCGUUCUCCUGCAGCCUCUGCGGGAAGGGCUUCACCCAGAAACAGACUCUGGACACUCACGUCCGCUUCCACAACAAGGAGAGACGCUUCCUGUGCCAGGUGUGCGGGAAGGGCUUCAUGCAGGACGUGGACCUGAAGAGACACAUCCUGAUCCACACCGGAGACAAACCGUACAGCUGCAGGGUGUGCGGGAAGAGCUUCCAGGCCAGACGAUCGCUCAACGGACACCUCAAAGUCCACAACGCAGGGGGGUCAGGACCGGAGCUGGAUCAGACCUUAGAGCAGCAGAACAUGGACAGUUUCCACUCAGGCUUCAUCCAGCUGUAGAGGCGGGGUCCAGUUUAAAGGACCAGACCGGGUUUUUGCAUGUGUUGUAGACUGAUGACUCAAAGCAACAAGAUUCAGCUUCUGUUUUCCUUCACUGUCAGUAACGGCGCCGACUGCGGGACAGAAUUAACAUCUUCCUGUUUUCCAUCUCGUGUCUUUGUUUUUACUCUGUAACAAAACCUGAGAUAAGAAGUACGGAUUUCUUAAAAUAGUCCAACAGUAACGAGAGUUAAUGUGACCCGUUACUUCCACCCCUGAUUCUCAGAGACUAGUUUAAAACUAGUGAUUCACUAAAUCAGGUCGCACCAUUAAGACUUGUGUAAAUGUGUUGCUAGGAAACAGCUGUCCUCGUGUCUUUGGACGCCCUGAAUCAAUCCCAGAUUUGUCAGAUCAGGUCUCAGAGCAGCUGAACAGGUCAUAACGGAAUAAAACCAGUUUCUGUUUUUCAAAGUAAAACAUUGUUUUGGCGUCCGCAAUGAAAAUAGACAGCGGCGCUGAUUCAGUUCUUUAAAACUUAAACCACAGUUUGAACGUGUUUUUUUCUUCAUUGAACAAAAGAAGCCAAAGAUGUUAAAUGUUUUUAACACAAGCAGCAGAACAGGAACUGAACAGAACUGAGGAACUCUGAUCGAGGGAUAAAUCCACACCCUGAACCAGCUGAUCCAGAACCAGCUGACAGAGCGUCUUCAGUCGGCUGGAUAAUAAAAUGUUCUGGUCAAAGUAAA